GUAUUCUUCCUUCUACAGAAAUUGAUGAAUUUAUGGAUUCAGAAUCUCUUGUUGAUUUAACUAAUGAAGAAAAAAUAGAGUUAGAAAAUCUCAUUACACAAUUUCAAAAUUCAAAAAAUCCUAAAAACCCUGAAUACUUAAAUAUUUCUACACAUGAAUUUAUUGAAAUUGAGAAAAAUUAUACAACAGGUGAAAUGCCUAUGGUCGAAGAUAUUAUAGUAGAAAUACAAGAAAAUGAGCCUGAAGAAGAACCAGAGCGGCAAAUUAAACCUGUUACAGCAAUUCAAGCCAUUACAGGAUUGGAUUCAGUAUUAGGCUAUAUUGAACAACCAGGGUCAAGUCUUGAGAUUGAUAUUAAAGUUUUCUCAGAACUUAAGCAGAUACAAAAAGAGCUUGCUUAUCUA